AUGAUAUCUCAAGAUUUGAACGACGUAGAUAAUUAUCAUGAAGCAAUAUUUCGUAUGAGGCGUUUCCAAAAAUGUGGUGGCAGGAAGGAAGAAAUUGAUCAAGUCGCGUUCUUUCGUGAAGGUGGAGGAGUGAGAAAGUGGAGAUUGGAAUACAGUGUGUGCAGUACGUCCGUUGGUGUUGGUAUCGGUAUCGGUAUCGGAAAGUCGGAAACCUGA